ACCAAACCCAACCCUGAACCAUUAAUGGCGCCUCUCUCUCUCUCUCUCUCUUCAGCGUCCUUCUCCCUCUCCGUCUCCCUCUCCCUCACCGCCGCUCCUCUCCCCUACACUCUCACCGCCGGUCCUCCUCGCGUUGGCCGGCAACCGGAGCACCGAUUCACCUCCUUGUUGGUCACCGUCGCCUGAGAUCCUCUCUCUCCCUCUCGGUUCUGUUUUUCUGUCUCUCUUUCUUUCACCAUUCACUCACAAAAACCCAUACAGCUUCACAUACACGCACACACAUGGGUUCUUCAAAUAGUCAGAAGUGGAAAAAGAAGUGAAAUAGAGAAAUGAAGUUUUGGGAUUGGUACCUGAAGAUAUCAGUCGUGUCGGCGAUGAUUGGAGGUUCAAUGGAGUUUUUCAUGGUCAAAACCGGCUUCUGUAACGUCUCUUAUCUUGGUCAUGUGCCAUGUUUAAAGGAUGCAUGGCAUGAAAGCUCCAUCAGAUUGAAAGGGAUUAAUUUUCUUGAUUGGUCAAAAGAUGCUGCUACGUCUGCAUGCUCAUCUUGCAGGUGUUUUUUUAGUGGAGAAGGAAGCAGUAACAACUCUGGAAAUUUAGGGAGGUCAGACUUGGAGACAUCUAAAAGAUUUUCAUUUAGUGGCAGGGGAUGGACCAACAUCCUCCUUAUGAUUAACGUCUUGGUCUAUAUUGCACAAAUUGCAACACAAGGGAAGCUGCUUGUAUGGGGUGCUAAGAUUAAUAGUCUUAUUGACCAAGGACAAUUGUGGAGGCUUGCCACGUCUUCCGCAUUGCACUCAAAUAUUGGUCACCUCAUGAUUAAUUGUUUUUCUUUGAACUCUGUUGGUCCUACUGUGGAGACCAUUAGUGGUCCUAGAAGAUUUCUUGCAGUUUAUAUCACCUCUGCAAUUGCAAGUUCGGCAAUGAGUUAUUGGCUCUGCAAAUCACCUUCUGUUGGUGCAUCUGGAGCAGUUUUUGGAUUAGUUGGAUCUGUUUCCGUGUUUGUCUUGAGGCAUAGAAGCCUAGUGGGAGGUGGCAAAGAAGAUUUACAGCAUAUAGCACGUGUGAUUGUUUUAAAUAUGGUUAUUGGGCUUUUGUUCAAAGGCAUUGAUAACUGGGGACAU